AUGUCGUGGGCACGCCCGGAGUUUAGAGGAUCGCUGAACCGCCGUCCGGAGGAGCUUGCUCCCCCGGCGGCCCCGUCUGACCCGCCGCCUAGGACGACCCGGCCACCGUCCACGGACUACGACUUGGACGACGGAUCCAGUGAAGAUGACAUCGUAGUGCACGGCGCACUACCGGCCGACGAGAGGGCGCGGAGAACGACGGCCAUCACGCAGCAGCGCCCUGCGGGUGAGCGGCGCAAGCGGUCGUGUACUACCGCAGCAACCGGCGCCAAAAAGACGCCAAAGAAGAGGAGGCAGCUGGCUGUCUCCACAAACGGGGGCAGAAGACGCGCCCUACCUGAUGACAGCGGUGCGGGAGCGACCUGGACGACCGUUACGUCGAAACGUGCGGCCAGACCCAGGAAGACGCCUACACCGCCGCCCACAUCUACCGCAAACCGCUUUGGGGCCCUUGCGGUCGAAACUACGACUGAACAGCCUACUCCAGAGCGGUCGGCGCCCACGGCCGCCGCCCAAGCAGGCUGUCCAAAUGAUGAAGAAGACGAAGAAGCCGUCCCCACCACCGGACGGUCACACCGGAGGCCGCCGCCCAUAGUCUUCGAGGUGGCCGAAGACUAUAAAGGUUUCCUGCAGCUCGUAAGGCAGUGGACGACUGCCGACUUCACCUUGCGAGCUGCAGCGGGGAACCUGGUGCGGCUACAGGUCGCCAACACAGACGACUACAUCAAGGUGACGAGCGAGGCGUCAAACCAGGGCCUCCACUGGUUCACACACGCCGCCGUCCCCGAGCGACUAUUGAAGAUAGUCUUUAAGGGACUACCGAUGGCAGCUCAACCGGAGCUGCUACGAGAGGAGCUGACAGAUCUCGACUUCAGCGUGCGCAACGUGACGCGCGUGAAGUCGCACCUCGCCAAAACGGGCAGCAGGCGAAGACGACUGCCGGCCGCUCCCUCCGCCGUCCGCGCCCAGGCGCAAAACCGGCGAGGCGGCCGGCACACGCCAGGCAGACGCCGGCAGCCAAUGCUGCCACCACCGUCCCCACGGAAGGGGGCAACAAAAGCUGGCGCACCCGCGUCAGAAAACGUGCGCGCGAGCGCACGCCAGAUGACCAGCGCGCCUACCACGGGAAGGCGCGCAAAGAAGACCACCAAACGACGGGAGGCGAAAGGCGCGGCAACGCACCAGCCGCCUCACGUCACCCUGCAGCAACCAGCCAAGGCGCCGCAACAUCAGCGCUUGAAGGAGGGCUGGCUGCAGCAAUUUCAGCACUCUCUGCGGCAAUCGACAAGGAGAGGCGGCCGCCGAGGCAGGGCAACGACCGAAAAAGCGCGCCAAGUCGCAGACAAUGCGGCGCCACAAAAUGGAGCCCCCGCUCCGCACGCAUCGACGAGAAAUGGCGGACAGACUCCGCCUACCGCAGCCCAGCCGGCAGCUGGCCCAUCUGCAGGACAAAGCGCCGUUGCCCCGCCCACAGCGCUGCCGCGCAGGCAGGUAGUCCCGGCCGCUGCACCCCUGCAGCGCCAGGCUCCCCUCCCUGCAACGACCCAGCGCUUCGCGGACCAAUCAGCGCGAGCCUUCCCGGCCCCGCCGGCACGCGCAGCGGACCAACCACCGGCAGCCGCGCCUGACCUUGCGAGCCCCAAGGACUUCCCGGAGCCAAGAUGGCGGCGUCCCACGGCGCCCCGCCAUACUGUCGGCGCCCAACAAGAUGGCGGACAAAUGGAGACCAACGCGCGCCAUGUUGUCGGCGGCACCGCUGCCAACGAAGCCCGCGUGGAACGGAUGCUCAGCUGCAUGGAAACAAUGAUGCAGCAGAUGACUGAGCUCCUGGCCGUGGUGCAGAAAGUUGCAUCCGCCAUCCAACCAUGCAGCCAUCAUGCCUGA